GUACCGAUGAAUACUAGUACCAGCUGACCGGGACAUGAGCCAUGAACUUGUGAGGCCGACGUCAUUAUAUUGUUUUCAAGUGUAGCAGACGUGUCUUGACGCUGUAAUCCUCAUCCUAAGCUUCUAUACUCGAUGGUAAACAUGCAGCUCAAGUAUUUUAGAGGCCGUUGAGGAAAAUGAGAGGGAACCUACUCUAGCAUGCAAGACUGGAGGACAAGAUGCGCCUGUCCAGAUGUCAGUGCAUCCUGAUUUUCGCAGUUCUGUUCAACGCCUUCAUCCUGUGUUGCCUGGUGUUCCUACAACUUAGACUGGAGAAUGUGAAUGAGGAGGACGUCAUGGUGAAUGUUAAGUCCAGGAAGCAGAGUCCAAUCAAGGUUGCCGGACAUGCCAUGUCAAGUUCAAUCUCAGACAGAGUGACUGUGGUCAUCAGAGAAUUUGAAGACUUCGAAAACCACAUUGUCGAAACAGUCAAGUCCAUCUUGCAUCUGUAUGAAUUGAUGCGCAUCGUCAUUGUUGUAGACAAAGCCCCAUACCCACCCUUGACCCUUCCUGAAGAUGGUGACAUUAACGUUGUAUCCCUGAAGACUUCGCUGGACAAACAUCCAAAUGCCUCUUGCCCAGAGCAAUUUAUUGAUACAGAGUUUGUUCUCUUUUUGCCAGAUGGAGCCAUUCUAACCUCGCCUAAGCAGGUAGAGAAAGUGCUGAGUGCAUUUCACUCCCAGCACCGAGACGUCCAUAUGGUCGCAGCAAAAGUCGGUGGAGAGAUGACAUCACAAUGCUUCAACAUGGAUGUAAACUUGAAACAGUGGACGCUGACAUACCAGCAAGGAGGCACGGUACAAGACAUCUGCCAUGGGUUGGACGGGAGUCACAUAGUUUUAAUGAGGACGGGUGAUUUUCGUUCCUUAAGUCGGCCCUAUCAAAGACCUUUCCCACAGAGUCUUUUCAUUCAAACUGCCCUGCAAAGGUGGAAGGUUGCACAAGUGCCUACUAGUGCCAUUCUUGCUAAAAAGUUGUUCACAGACCCUCACAACCAAUGGAAACAUCAAACCAGACAUGACAUUAGGUUGAAAGCCAUGUAUGAAGAGUUUGGUAUUAAGAAGGUGAGCAUGAGUGACGGGAGGGUAGAGUGGCAUGGAUGUAGGAAGGAAACGCCGAGGUGUUUCGGUACAGUUGUGGAUGAUACGCCUGAGUACUUGUACGAGAACCGAUGGACGCCGCCUUGCUGUCUCCAGGCUCUUCAGGAGACUGGGAAACACGUGUUCCUCAUCUUAGAGAAAUGUGGCGCUCGCUAUUGGUUGGAAGGAGGAAGCCUGUUGGGGGCAGCACGCCAUGCAGACAUCAUCCCAUGGGACUAUGACAUUGAUCUUGGCAUAUACAAAGAUGACAUUGAUAAAUGCCCGCCAUUGAAUAUGUUGCAUCAAGGGUCCCACACAGACAGUGGGGGAUUCGUUUGGGAAAAAGCCACAGAGGGGGAAUUCUACCGGAUACAGUAUAGCGCUCAGAACCACUUACAUGUAGACAUUUGGCCAUUCCACCCACAGAACGGAGUCAUGACCAGAGGACUUUGGACACAGACACACAGACAAGACAUAGACUUCCCCGAACACUUCCUUGUCCCGCUCAGAACUAUGAAGUUUCUGGGGAUGCAGGUGUCAGUGCCAAACGAUGUGAAAGGGUUUCUUGAGCUCAAAUUUGGAAAAGGAGUGAUAGAAAAUCCACAGUAUCCACAACCAAAUAGAGUUCAAAUAUAGUUAUUACAUCCAUUGUUGCAUCAUAGGUAGCUAGCUGGAAACAUAAAGGUAUCUUGGGUACCAUCAUUGAGUACUCGGAGUCUAGGACUGUUCAUAUUGAUUUUACAAGGAAAAAUAUUACUUCUCAAAGGUGCUGUGAUAGUCCAUACUAGUAGUCAAAACCGCCCAAGAAGGUCACUCAAGUGACAAAAUCCAUAGACCAGUGAUAAAAUCUCUGUAGUUUAUGUGAGCUGAUUGACAACAUUGUUAAUGCAUGUGGUAUUUUCUUAGACUCGUUAGAGGUUGUCACUUGUGAGGGUUUGACUGCUGUACAAAGCAAAAGGAAUGGUUAAGAGCUAGGAUAUGAUGAAAUUGACCAUGUCUUAAAAAGCUUUUUUUUUAAAUUCUUCAUUGAAGUAAUGAAGUGGACGAUGGCAUCAUGCAAAGUGGACUACAAAAAUACAUCUUUUGUACAUACAUUAAGUUCAUUUUUUAUGUGUUGCAUAUCUGCCUUAAUACAAUGUUGGGAAGAAUGUCCCAACGCCAUGGAAUUAUCACUGGUUUUAUCCCAGGAGGCUCUCAAAUUCAUCAGUAAAUUACAUAGAAAAGUAGAAUUGUGAUAUGUGAAAAACACACUUAUAUGUGUAGUUGGCUAGUACAUUGUACAUGUCAGUGUAUAUAAUAAAAGAAUUCUUUCGAAA